AUGGCAGGAGUCCGAAGCAAGCAGCCAGCAGCCGCUCCUGCCGGUGCUGCGCCACCGCGAGGAAGGCCCUGCCAGCCAGUCUUCAAAGGAGGACACCAUGCAAGUGCAAGCGGGACUGCCGCACCAAUUCGUGCAGCACCUCCACCCUGGGCAACCCAUGGACCGGAGGUGAUGGACGUCAAUUUCCGAGGCAAGCGUGCUCAUCCGUGGCUUGGUUGCAGCCGAUUUACUUUAUGCACUUGCGUGACGGCCAAGGUGGUUGGAGCUGGCUACAAGACCCAUUUCCUAGUCUAG